GCGUCCCAACAUGGCGGCGGCGGGCGGCAGCGGGCCGCUGGUGCUGCUGGCCCUGCUGCUGGCGGCGGCGGCGGCACGGCUCUACCGGGCCGGGGAGGACCCGCUGACCGUGCUGGCGGCCGGCUCGGUGAGGCAGGCGCUGCUCAACUCCUCGGCCGCCUGGGUGGUGCAGUUCUACAGCUCGUCCUGCGGCCACUGCAUCGCCUUCGCCCCCACCUGGCGGGCCUUGGCGGGGGACGUUAAAGACUGGGAAUCUGCAAUUAGAGUUGGUGUGCUGGAUUGUGGGGAAGAAGAGAACUACGAGACGUGCAAAGAAUAUGGUAUUCACUAUUACCCGACUUUUAGGUACUUCAAAGCAUUUACAAAGCAGUUUACUACUGGAGAAAAUUACAAAGCAGGAGCAGAUCGAGAGCUGCAAACAGUUCGUCAGAUGAUGAUUGACUUCUUACAGAACCAUUCCCAAGAGUUGAGGCCUCCUGCUUGCCCUCCAUUGGAUCCAGUUUCGUCCAGCGAGAUUACUUCUCUUUUUGACAAGAACAGCCAUCAUUACACAGCCAUUGUGUUUGAGAGUAAUAAUUCCUAUGUUGGACGAGAGGUUAUCUUAGACUUGAUCCAGUAUGAAAACAUUGUUGUGAAGAGAGCGUUGAAUUUUGAUAAGCCUUUUCUUGAGAAACUUGGUAUCACCUCAGUCCCUUCAUGCUAUCUGGUACAUCCAAAUGGGUCCCGUGGAUUAAUUAACAAUUUGAAGCCUCUACGGUCUUUCUUUUCUUCAUAUUUAAAGUCGCUGCCAGGCGUAAGAAAAAAGCUUCUUUUGCCACUUCAGCUCCCUGUUCCAGAAAACAGAGAGGAGGGUACAGAAAUCAAAGUGUGGAAAGAGUUCGAUAAAUCCAAGCUGUACAUGGCUGACCUUGAGUCAGGAUUGCAUUACCUGCUCAGGGUAGAGCUCGCCACGCACAAGACACUUGAGGGAGCUGAGCUCAAGACCUUCAAGGAUUUUGUUACCGUCUCUGCCAAGCUUUUUCCUGGCCGUCAGCCUGUGGUGAAGUUGUUAGAGACCUUGCAAGAGUGGCUAGUGAGCCUUCCAUUAGACAAAAUCCCUUAUGAUGCUAUCCUAGAUCUGGUCAACAACAAAAUGCGGAUUUCUGGGAUAUUUCUCACUAAGAAAGUUCAGUGGGUUGGCUGUCAGGGCAGCAGACCCGAGCUGAGAGGUUAUACCUGUUCCCUUUGGAAGCUGUUUCACACCCUGACUGUUCAAGCUGCGCUGCGACCGAAAGCUUUGAUAAAUACAGGUCUUGAAGACAAUCCUCAAAUAGUGCUGCAGAUCAUGCGGAGAUACAUUCACCACUUUUUUGGAUGCAAGGCUUGUGCUCAGCAUUUUGAAGAAAUGGCUAAAGAGUCCAUGGAUUCUGUGAAGACCUUUGACCAGGCUGUUCUCUGGCUCUGGGAGAAGCACAACGUCGUGAAUAACAGGCUCGCAGGUGAUUUGACUGAAGAUCCGAAAUUUCCCAAAGUUCAGUGGCCAACUCCAGACAUUUGUCCUGCGUGUCAUGAAGAAAUUAAAGGAUUACACAGCUGGAAUGAAGCCCAAGUUCUACAGUUCAUGAAGCAUCACUAUAACGGUGAAAAUAUUCUAUAUAAAUACAUUCAAAGCCAGACUGACUCCAGUGAAGCCGACCAGGGUGAUGCAAGGGAGCUGAAGGACAAAAGCCUACUGAAGAAACCCAGUGGAAACAGAGAAAAUCAGAUCCAGGAUAAAGAGAAGAUCCUGGAUUCAGAAUCGAAGGCGUUAGAUAAGCUAAUAGCAAAUCACGGACCUGGCAAAGAUAGUGGUAAAAGUGCAGCUGAAGCUGCUGACCUUAAAGAGACGAAGCAGGCCCUGUCUUUCUUAGGGAUUGGAUUUUCCAACAUAGACAUGAGUCUGUGUGUCAUACUGUAUGUUGCAUCAUCCUUAUUUUUAAUGAUCAUGUACUUUUUUUUCCGAAUGAGAUCCAAGCGGUGGAAAGUGAAGUAUUAUCGUUCGUCUGUAUAGAAGUUUAAAUUGGAAACAAAGUUUUCAUUGUGUGUGGCUGUUCAGUACCAGAUACAGCUUUAAUAUUUAUGAUCAGGGAUUUUAUAUACAGUAUUCCUUGUAAAACCCCUUUGUUCCCAAGUAAUUUCACAAGUGUUCUAGCUUAAUAGAUGGAGCUCGCUGUAAGGACCUUAAUCUUUAACUGAGGCACAUAGUGCUAUCAUAAAAUGUCCAGUGAAGUAAGCAUUGCAUUUUUCAGUUAAAAUUUUUCCAUGACUUACCACCUACAUCCUUUACUCAUUUUCGGAGUAAACAUUACAUUAUGCAAUCAACUGUGCCUGGUUUUAGAAGGAAAUUGGAUAUUGUUUGGUGUACUUCAAGCCAGUUGUGUGUUUUUUUUUUUAAUUUAUCCAGAGGUGAUUUUACCUACCAGAGUACUGAACAGUUCUGCUGUUGCCUUGGCUGCUUCAUUUAGAGAAGCAAGAAUUCUGAUUAUUUUUUUUUUUUUUUUCAAGAAACAAGAGUUCUCUUCUGAUUAAAUCAAUUCCAAACCUAUGUGACUUUCUGAAGUAUUAUUUACACUGCAUAUUUAAAGUAGAAAGCAUUACAUGUUCAAAUGAGGCUUCCAUUCUCCCAUGCAUUCCAGCCAAGGAUGUGUGUGUCUCUGCUGGGAUGAGGUUUUUGGGGUGGUUUUUAUCUCAACAAGCAGCCUGGUUGUGAUUGCUAAUGGUGUCAUCUAUUUUAAUAGAGUUUAGAUGUAAGCAAGGCCAUGCUCAGACCCAGUGCUUCACUUGCUCCUGUUGGAUGUGUUAAUGGAGCAUUUUAGAUUACACACCUCACUCAUUUAUGAACCAGAACAGUAACUAAUUAUUGUGUUAUCCAGAUGGAAACCAAUUCUGAUGAACUCCAGUAAAGGGAAACCGUGUUUUUAGUGAAGGACAGGGAGACUCUGUUUGCAGUAUGACAAGCCAGAACAAAUUUACAGAUCUGGAAAGGCCAAGUUCCUUAUGAUGUUGGAGAACUCUACAAUAUAGUAAUUUUUCUUCUUGUAAGGUGAGGUUAACACUUCAUUUGGAACUUCUAGCUCUGAGCUCUCAGAGUAUCACCUGCAGGCUGUAAAGUUGUCUGCACAGGACCUAGAACAGCCCAUUUCUCUUGCCCUGCUGCUGGAGGGCUUCUGUUUGGGUCAGGAAGGGUUCAAUGGUGAAGUCCAAGAGCUGCUCCGUUCUGGGAUGUGGCAGCAACUGGGAACAUGGCAGUUGCCUUUACAGAUCUGUCUGGGGUCCUGGCUGGCAGCAAUUAGAAGAAACCAUGAAAACAGUUGUAAAAUUACCAUUUGAAAUGGGGAGUUCCUUUCUGAUCCUGGCUGUGGGAGAUAAUUCACGUCCUGGAUAGUGAAGUUUAUAAUCCUAUCCAAUGUAAUUGAGCAUGUUCUAGUUAUCCAUUACCUAAUCUUUAGUUAAUCCUAAUAGGUUUUGGCCUCAAUGUUUUCUUGUGGCAGUGAGUUCUACAGAUUAAUUAUGUUAUAUAAAAGGGCUUUUCCUUUCAAUUCUACAUUUGCAACUUUUAAUUUAAUUGACCGUUUGCUAGCUCUUCUGUUACGCGAGAAGGAAUAAAUAGUCCCUGGCCAACUCAUUCUAUUUAUACUGUUAGUGUGUCCUCCUCUUAUUUCCAUCGUAAGCCCUAGCAUAAAAAGUUUAAAGCCUAGCAACAAGAAUGGUCUAAAAGCACAAAAACUCAAACAGGGUUAUUUUUUCAUAAUCAAAUCUUGUUUGUUCACAAACCUGAACGUUUCUGACACGACUUGCUGCAGCUUCGAAGCUCAAUUUUGUUAUUCCAAUGGGAAGAUUUACUGUCCCUUGUUCCUUAAGUUUAUCAAAAUAACAUACACAUAAAGUAAUAACCUUCCGUAGUUAUUGUAAACAUGUGUCAGAGGCCAAAAAUUCUCCAUUCACAUGGCACUGUGAGUCUGAGCUGCGCAGAGCCGCGUUAUCUGUGGGUUUUUUCUUAAGCCAUCGUCGCUGUUUAUUGUACCCACCCGAUGGCUCCUGCUCUGGUGGGGGGAAACUUGACUCCCUGCUCUCUCCGUGAGGCUGGGACUGGUUCCUGCCUCCUGCUGAGCUGGGGGCACCUGUGGGCAACUGCUGCUGCCUCUGGUCUAGUGGGAAAACUCCUCUUUUGGUGUUAAAUCUGCGACAUUAAGUCAGUCGGUGCUUUUUAAGGACCCUCACUGCUCAGGAGUUCUGGCACAAGGAGUGAUCGUGCAUCUCAUUUCUUUAGGAAUUUAGGAGUCCCUCUCGUUAUCCGUAUAACACCUGGGCUUGAAUAGUGAAACAAUCUGUAAGGAACUGGAAAAACAGUGAACCAGGGGUGGAAGGUGGUCCAGGCCACUGGGAAGGUGGUGCCACUUGCUUUGUGCUGGAAUCCAGGGAGAGGUCCCAGGAGGAGGCUCGUUAAGAGGAAAGCCCAGAGCUUCCAAAUUUAGACUUGAAAAUCAGACAACUUUUGAGUGACCUAAGCUGGGGAGAUGCUGGUAUCAGCCAACAGGCAAGAAAGUUUUGCUUCUCAA